AUGUCUUCAGACAUCAACAACCUCGUCGACAUGGGCUUCGACCGCGAAAAGGCAACCCUUGCCAUGAAGAAGGCAGGCAACCUGGGAGCCGCCGUUGACUGGCUCAGCAACAACGCCGACAAGUCCAUCGAAGAGCUCAAAGAGGACGAAGGCGAAGAAGAGUCACCCCUGUCAUUGCAGCCUGGUGAACAAGCCAGGAGUCUCCUCUGCAAAGACUGUGGCAAGAAGUUCAGAUCCACUGCUCAGGCAGAGUUCCAUGCGAACAAGACUGAGCACCAAAACUUCGAAGAGUCUACUGAAGAGAUCGCCCCUUUGACCGAGGAGGAGAAAGCCGCAAGGCUCGCAGAACUGCGUGAGAAGCUCGCCGCCAAACGUGCCGGUCAGUCUGAACAAGACAAGGAGGACAAGAAGCGCAACGACCAAAUCCGUCGCAAGGCCACAAAGGAACAACAGGACAUCAAGGAGGACUUGGCCAAGAAAGAACAGAUCAAGGAAGCCGAGGCCAAGAGACGUGAGAAGCAGGCUGAUGUUGAGGCUAAGAAGCGCAUUCAGGCAAAGAUUGCUGCAGACAAGGAAGAGCGUCGCCUGAAGGCUGAGAGAGAAAAGGCCGCCCGCGCUGGUCAACCUGCUGUUGUCGCCGACCCUACACCUGCCGCGAAGCCCACCCUACCCAAGACUGCCGGAAACUACACAGAGGCAAGACUACGACUCCAGACAUCCGCUGGCACGGUCCAGAAGACCUUCCCCGUCGAGACGACACUCUUCGAGGUUGCACAAGCUCUCGGCCAGGAGCCUGGUGUUCAAGUCACCGAGUUUGUCCAAAAUUUCCCCAAGAAGGUCUACGACAGCUCAGACUUUGGCCAAACACUGAAGGAGGCUGGCCUGGUACCAAGCGCCGCUCUGGUCGUCAGGUAA